AUGAGUAUCGAUAGGAGGAAGGCUGUUCUUUUUGGCACAGCCGUUGCUGUUCGACUUCUGUUAUUUGCAUCUUUUCCGGGUCUUCCAGAUCUGUUGACAGCGCGGGUCGAGAUAUCUACGCCAGUAACAAGUUUCAAGAGAUUACAAGAGGGUCUCUUUCUUUAUAAUCACAAUGUUUCUCCAUACGAUGGCGGUGUCUAUCAUCAGGCUCCAUUGUUCCUCCCCCUCUUCUCUCUCCUCCCCAGCUCUUCGAUAUACCCCGCGUUUACGUAUUUACUAUACAUAUGGGCGGACCUUUUGAGCGCGAAUGCUUUGAUCAAUAUAGCAGAAUCUGGGGAAGCAGGGAAGUCGAGGCUUUUUACAUCCCCUAGAAAGGACAAACGGUGGACCAGUUUCGCCAUUGCUGCUGCUUUUCUUUUCAAUCCAUUCACUAUCGCAACAUGUAUUGGCCGUCCAACAAGCAUAUUUACAACUUGUGCUAUCCUCUAUGCCAUCUCGAAAGCAUUGGUUGGCGCCUCUUAUACCUCGAUGUUCGCCAUAGCAUUCGCAGCAUACCUCUCUAUGUACCCCAUACUUCUGUUCCCUCCUCUGGCUCUGUUAUGCUAUGAUCGCCAACGUCCUAGCAAGCGCCAAGAGUCUUUACCAUUAUUUAUUGCGACCAAUGCGGUAGCCGUGAGUGGGUAUUUAUACUCACUUCUACACAUGUCGUACAUAAUCACAGGGUCUUGGGAAUUCUUAUCAUCCACCUAUGGUGUCCAACUACUGCUUCCAGAUCUUACGCCGAAUGUUGGACUUUGGUGGUACUUUUUUAUCGAAAUGUUUGACUCCUUUAGGUCAUUCUUUCUCGGUGUAUUUUGGCUACACCUCUCCUCAUACGUUGGAGGCUUGACCAUCCGCGUGAGACGCCAGCCUCUUUUUGUGCUCACAAUACUUCUUGGGAUCUUCGCGAUUUUCAAGCCAUACCCAUCGAUAUCCGAUACUUCAUUAUUUUUAGGAAUGCUUCCGGUCUACAGCCACUUGUUUCCAUUGAUGCGAUAUACCUUCUUGGCUUCCUCGACUGUGUUGUAUGCAACAUUGCUAGGUCCUGCUUUUUAUUACCUAUGGAUUUAUGCUGGAAGUGGAAAUGCCAAUUUCUUCUAUGCAAUCACGCUCGUAUGGAGCCUUGGCUGGAGUGUCUUGGUGGUUGCGGAUUUACUCUAUGCCGUGCUCAGGGACGAAUGGGAGGUUGAACGACCGGAAAUGAAGGGUAAGGAGAUCAGGCAAAUAUAA